AUGGGAAAGGUAAAGCAACGAGAAGGAUCACCCUUGCUAACAUCCAGGUCCCAAAAGCUUCUCGGCCUCACGACAUGGCUACUCUGCACCACCGCCGCCCUCGCCGUCAACCCCAUCGCCGUCCGCCAACAAGAAUUCAUCGACUCCAAAUCCAAUGAACGCUUCGUCGUCCUCGGCGUAGACUACCAACCCGGCGGUCAAGGCGCCUACGGCACCGACUCCGGCGAUCCCCUCAGCAAUGCCACCACCUGUCUCCGCGAUGCCGCCCUCAUGCAAGAGCUCGGCGUCAACACCAUCCGCUGCUACAACGUCGACCCGACCCUCAACCACGACCAAUGCGCCUCCAUCUUCAACUCCGUCGGAAUCUACAUGAUCAUCGACGUCAAUUCCCCCCUCAGCGGCCAGUCUCUCGACCGCUCCAACCCCAGCGGCUCCUACACGACCGACUACCUGACGCACAUCUUCACCGUCGUCGAGGCGUUCAAGAGUUAUCCGAACACGUUGGGCUUCUUUGCCGGGAAUGAGAUCAUCAAUGAUGUUCCCACUGCCGGGCCGAAUCCGCCUUACAUUAGGGCUGUGCAGAGGGAUUUGAAGAAUUACAUCAAGGCUCACGCGGCGAGGACGAUUCCGGUCGGGUACUCUGCGGCGCAGGUGCAGGACGUGUUGAAGGAUACGUGGGCGUAUCUGCAGUGUAACAAUUCGCAGAGUGGAGAGGACAUGUCUCGUUCGGACUUCUUCGGUCUCAAUUCGUACUCAUGGUGUGGAGCGAGUUCGGUAGGUCAACAUCACGUGACUGUCACAUGCGAAGCAGAGCUAAUGCGAUCUCGUUGGAUAGAGCUUUACGACAUCCGGCUAUGAUACACUGGUAAACUGGUUCUCCAACACUACCAUUCCCGUCUUCUUCUCCGAGUUCGGCUGCAACCAGCCCAAACCACGCUACUUCGACGAAGUCCCCGUCCUCUACGGCCCCCAGAUGACCGUGCUCUCCGGCGGUCUCGUCUACGAGUGGACAGAGGAAGCGUCCGACUACGGCCUGGUGGACGUUGCUUCCAACGGCUCCCUGACCCUCCUGAGCGACUUCAACACCCUCCAGUCCCAAUACAACAAACUCAACAUCACCCUCAUCACGACGCAGAAUUCCACCGCCACGAACCUGCAACCUCCACGCUGUUCUUCCGGCCUGAUCAGCGAUUCGGGCUUCAGUCAGAACUUCACCAUCCCGGAUCCACCCACCGGAGCUGCGGCCUUGAUCUCUUCCGGGGUAAAGAACGCCCCGACCGGGACCAUUGUCCCCGUCACGCAGACGAGUGUGAGCCUUCCGGUUUUUGCCACGAAUGGAGCGAGCAUCAGUGGGUUGGCCAUCAAACCUGCCAGCGGGGCUAAUCGCCCGGGUCAGGGUGGCGGCCUCUCUACUGCUGGUGGGAGUGCGAGUGCGACGGGGACGGCGGCGGCGGCCAAGACGAGUAGUCAUUCCGGACUCGCGGCGAGAGCGACGGCGGGUGUGUAUGGGUAUGGGGGUGUUGCGGCUGCUGUGCUUGGAGCGGCUGUUGUUGCGUUGUGA